CCCAUUUUGCUGCCAAAAGAAGACUUUUUGAUCCUGCUGUCAACCUAGUUUACAAGCGAAUGCAUCAAGCAGCCAAGGAGGCACAAACUAAAGUUAACCAAAGCCAGGAUGAUUUAGCAGCAUGGAAAUUUUCUCCAGAAAGCGCAAAAGGAAAACGUCUUAUGUCUCGAAUGAGAAGGUUGCUAUCUGAUAACGAGGAGCUAGGACGGGUAAAUUUAGCUACAAGGGUUUCCUUUCUCGAAUCAGAAUCAGAAAUUCAGGCCACCUGUGUUCGAGAAUACAUAAAGACAUAUCAAGGCAUCGAAGGAGUCUUGGAGGAGGCUUAUACCGAUCUUGAAGGCCUUCAAAGCUGCCUUUUUGCUUUAAAAAAACAGAAAGAUUAUAUGGAUAAAUUGAUAACUCGUCUUGAGUUUGAAAUAGAUUCUAGACAGCCAGGGCAUUCGGCUGAGCUAAUUGCAGCCUCGUUGCACGCCCUGCAGCCAGUUUCCGGUAGCAUUGAUGACCCAGAAGACACAAGAGGUGAAAUAAAUCAAGACAUACCUAAAGUACUCAUUGGGCAAGAGGAACCUGACGAUCAAUAA